AUGAGCGACCUCAUGGGGCACCUAGGAGGCGAAGAUGGCGAGAACGAAGAGGCCGCAGUAGGUGAUGCGCGCGAAGCCGUGGCCGAUGCUGUUGACAUCCUUUGGGAGCCGGCUGCCUUCACUCGCCCACUCGGUCCAGCGUCGUCUUCACUUGGCAGUCAUCGUGGAGGAGAGAGACCGCCCAGACCACCACCAAAGGCCCGAUUCGCCCUCGUCCCUGCCGGAUCGGGGCACCGCCGUCAGUGGAGGCGAAGAGGAAGGGUGGAGCGACCGGCGUCGUGGGGAAUCGAGCGGGUGGGGUGGGCGGCGGGGAGUCGCGCGGACGGGGAGAGGCGGAGUGGCGAUGAAGCGGGGGUGUGCGAGGGGGAGGGGAGUGAUUGGAGCCGAUCCAAAUCGAGCGAGCGGGAGCGGACGCACCUCGCAGCCGAGGGAGGAGCCGAGGAGUCGCCUGAGGUAGCAGAUGACGUCUUGGCGGCGGCGCUCCGCCUCCUGGGUGGUGUGGACGCGCAGCACCACCUCGCCGGCGACCGGCUCCGCGGCGCCCUCCGCUGA